AUGAGCGCUGGCUGGCGCCGUUCAAGGGCCCUAAUUGCUCAAUACGAGAAGAGGCUUAGUGAGAAGCUCAAAGCAUCCGAGGACAAACAUGCUACGGAGCUUAAGAUGGCUAAGGAAAAAUACACUGAGCAGCUCAAGGCAGCCGAGAAGAAAAAUGUUGAACUACUCGAACAGAAGGCCAAGCUAGCCGAAGAUCUGAAACAGCAUCAGGCUGCCCUGACCAAAGCCAUUGAAAUUAAAGAGAAGUCCAAGGAGGCUUCUCUGCUUAAUUUCAAGGAAGCCUCUAAGCUUCAAGAUGAUCUAGUCAUCAGCAGAAAGGAGAUUGAGGGGUUGGAGGAACGCAUCAAAGAGCUCGAGGAGACAAAUGCCAGUAACCUGGAGAGAUACAAGGGAGCCACUUUUAAAUGCUUAUAUAUGUUCUGGAAGAAUAACCGUGGGGCAGACUUCAGCUAUCUAUCAGAGCGUAUGAGGCAGUCUGAGAUAAACAGGUGCUUGGCUCGCCUUGAAGAGGAGGAGAGAACGAAAGUUCCAGCAUCCCCCGAAAUCUCUUUGGCUACGAGCAUCGAUGGCGUAGACAAGGAAAUUGGGGCCUCCGUCGACCAGCAAAUUCCCCAAGAUCCUCCUGCUUCAUAA